AUGCCGUGGUGGAACGUAGGCGAGGAGCGAGGCGAACAACUCUUUGAUUUACUCGUUCCAAAAGAGAACUUGUUAGCAAUGGGCCGGCUUUACCUCACCUGGUGUCACGGGCAGCCUAUUUCUCUGUUCAAUCCCGACAUAUUCUUGGAAUCUCUCACGUUUCGAGACCUCGAGCUAAUACUCGCUCUACAGACAUUGAGUCUUCGAUAUCCCCCAAGCACUCUCACGCCACAAAAGCGAGAAAGGUUGGACUCAAUGGAAAAGGAAGCCAGAAGUGCCGUUAUGAGUCGAAUAGCCAGCUCAGAAGCCGAGCUUUCAACGCUACAGACACUGUGCAUUCUGAGCAUGGUAGAAUUUGCUGACGGCAAGGUUGCUCAGGCAGGACUGCACGUAGCUAUUGCAAGUCAGUUAGCUCAAAGUGUGCAGCCUAAUAACAUGCUUGGAGACGCCCAAGAGUUCAACGAUUGUGUCCACAGUAUUGUUAUGCUUCAGAACCUUCAAGGAUGUAUACCGCCAUCAACUGGCCCUGGCAGCGCGCUGUCCGGUACCACUACGCCAUCCAUAUCCCAAAUUCGCGCUGCUGCUCUUUCUGGCAUAGAACCACCUGUGCUGCCAUCGGUACCGAGCCUCGGAUACAGCCAAAUGGAUUCCGGUAUCAUGAAGUAUGCUCUGGAGCUCAGCGAGGCAUGGAGAAUGGCUAGGGCUUACGCUGCGAGUCGUGUAGCCGCAGAUGCACUUCCGCCUUGGAACCAACACUCAGACUACUCAAGCAUCAUGCAUCUCCAUCUAGAGUUUGACUGCCGUGUGCCGCUAAAAUACCGUUUUGCUGCUAAUAAAUUUGCAGAACAAGACCAAGACUCGUUAGAGCAGCGGCGUGAUUACUGGGGUCCUUGGCUCUUUAUCCAAAUCGUUUAUGCCGUCAUUCCGUGUAUACUCAAUCAUCCAUUCCUACUAUCAAUGAGACUCAAAAACUUCCGAUAUACUAUACCGCAAUCAUUUAUUCACCACUCUUUCGAAUACAUCAACCGACAUGCCGGGUGGAUAAUGUAUUUCAUUAACCUGCUGGAAAAGAAGUCAUUCUACAUCUCAGACCCGUCACUAGCCCAUUGCAUUGCUAUUGUGGCUACGAUACAUCUCCAGCAUAGCUUUGUCAAAGAUAAAGCCCUUCGGGAUAAAGCUCAGCAGGGGUUUGAGAAAUGUAUGGGGUUUUUACGGCGGAUGGGCGGAACCUGGCCCUGUGUGUCAAUCAUGGCUAAUAACCUUGACAAACUAAGGGAAAGUGUCGGGGAAAUCCGGUCUCCAAACUCGCUCGAUGACGAAUUUCUCGGCGGCCGCAGAUCAUUUUCCAUCGACGGCCAGCUGCUGUGGGAUAUUCUGAUCUAUGAACGGGCCGGGAGACCAGACGCAGGUGCUGACCAGUCAAUUUUUGGCAAGACGUUGAAAGUAGGCUCCAAGUCUCGCGAGGAUGAUGUGCGGACAAGUGCGGAAUUUGACCUGGUCGGCUCGGCUGGUAUAUCUGGACACAAGGCGGUAUCAAAGGAGACACCAGCUUACGCACCAAAUGAGGACAUGCCGCCAACCCCACGGGUUCUGGAGAACAUUGAAGAAAUGGACGAAAGCACUCCAGUGAUGGGAGUAUCUGUUGAAGACAGGUUUUUUGAAGGCAUUGGUGGCCUGGAUGGGCAAGAACAUUUGUUUUUACAGGCAAAUGACUUUGGAAAGGCUAUUGAUAACUGGCUAAGCUUUGAUUCAUUCUAA